CGGGCGAGUGGGAGGAAGCCAACUUGGAAACACCGCGGAGCCAAACUCCCUCUCGUUGAGAACCGAACUGGUCAGGCAGUCGGCGGCUCUGGACGCAGGCAGACGGCGGCUACACAGACCGGCUUGGAAUGAGCCAGUGCGGCCUAAAUCCACGCCUCACCUCCGCUCCGCAAGCCACCUGGGAGUUUCGACUCGGCGUUCAAACUUUCGGCGUCGCUCCUCAGUCCGGACUCGUUAAGUCGUCUGUCUGGCUGGCCUGUAAACCGAAGCGUCCGUCCCACAUGUUUCUGCCUCGUUCUCGCUAGUCUCCAGAACAACCAGGCGGAGAAGUCGCCCGGCGUCCCCCGGCGGACCCUGCGCAGGUAACGGGUACAGUUUCUACCUGUACGCACGCGGUGACGCGCGGAUCUCUUCGACGCUCUCCUUUCGCGCUACGGCUCUUACGGUAGCCGCCGGAGAACAGCACCGGGGAGCCCGCGGAGCACCGGGACGGUCAUGGAUCUACCAGGAGAGAGCGAGACCCGGCGCGGGGAGGGCAAGAGAAGCCCCGCGGUGUUUCGUAGGAGCAAACCGCCGAUGGACGCGAUGUACGCCGUCGGUAUUAUCUGUCUCCAAGUUCUGUCGAUCCAGGCUGCUGCCAUCCAGUUCACCAAGGAGCCCAAGUCCCAGGAUGCCUUGCAUGGCCGCAGCGCCAUGCUGCGCUGCGAGGUCAGCGAUCCGGCUGACAUCAGUUACAGCUGGCUUCACAACGGCCAACCUCUGGAAAACAGUGAGAGGCGCUUCCAGGAGGGCAGCAACCUCAAGUUCACCGCUGUGGACCGCCAGCUGGACGCAGGAAACUUUGAGUGCGUUGCACAAAACACGGUCACGGGAGAGAUGCUCCACUCCACCAAUGCCUCCUUCAAUAUCAAGUGGUUGGAAAGUGGUGGUGUGACUUUGAAGGAGCCCGCCUCAGAAGAAGAGAUCGAGAGCUCUGCGCCGGUCACGUUGCGCUGUCACAUUGAUGGGCACCCACGGCCGACAUGCCAGUGGUUCAAGGACGGGGUGAGGCUGACAGAGAAGAGCCAUCAGAUCAACAACAAGGAGAGGACGCUCACCUUCAAGAGCGCCAGUCCAGACGACAACGGCCUGUACUACUGCUGUGCCAAGAAUGCAGCCGGGCACGUCUGCAGCAACAGCAACUUCACUCUCAACAUCAUAGAUAAGAGUUUCCCGCGGCCGGUGGUUCGUCCCGAGGACCAGGUGGUGUUGAAGAACGAGGAGGCAAUGUUUCACUGCCAGUUCACCGCUGUGCCGGCUCCCACGUUGGAGUGGUACCACGAAAAUGAGUUGCUGGCAAACAAGUCUCGAGUGAUUCUGCUCUCCAACGGCACACUGCUGAUCACCCAGGUCAAGCCCAGGAACACGGGGACCUACAGGUGUGUCGGCCGUGGCCUCAGAGGGUCCCAUGUUCCUUUGGAGGCCUCCCUCCUCAUAGCUGAGAUAGACGAUAUGGAGUCCAAGAUGUCACAGGUUUUAACCGCGGACACCAUGCAGAGGGUAGCCUGUCGCCCCCCACGGGGCAGACCUGAGCCUGAGGUUUGGUGGGAGAGAAGAGGUCAGCAGGUCCCCACAGAGGGCAGAGUGUACCAGGACGGCCUGGACCUGGUCUUCAGUCCCACAGAGGAGGGAGAUUCAGGCACCUACACCUGCGUGGCCCAGAACAAGGCCGGACGCAGGACACAGGAGGUUACCUUCACUGUGGCUACUGCCCCAGUGUGGGUCACAAGGCCUAAGGACAGCCACUUAGAGGAGGGUAAACCAGGUUACCUUCACUGCCACGCUCAGGCCAACCCUGAACCUGAGGUCACCUGGAUACGCAACACCAACUUAAUCGCAUCUAAUGACUCCCGUUUUAUGCUCUUCCCUAACGGCACUCUCAGGAUCAACAACGUGGAGGUGUAUGAUGGACAGAUGUACGGCUGUGAAACCAAGACUGUAGCUGGCCAGCUGUCUGGGCAAGCUAGAGUUAUUGUGCUUGAGAAGCUGAAGUUCACUCCGACACCCCAGACUUCUCAGUGCCUGGAGCUGGAUAACGAGAUCACCAUCCAGUGCUUUGCUACAGGCAGAGAGAGCCCCACCAUCCACUGGACCAAAGCAGACGGAGGUGAGCUGCCGCCUCACGUGGAGCAGAGGAACGGCCAGCUCCGCUUCACCAAAGUCACCCGGAGCGACGCCGGCAACUACACGUGCACCGCAUCCAACAGCCUCCAGGGGGAGAUCAGAGCCAUGGUGACCCUCACUGUGGCCGUGUACAUUCGCUACAAGGUGGAGCCAGAGAGUACAACAGUGUACCAGGGUCACACAGCCAUCCUGCACUGUCAGGCCACCGGUGACCCCGAGCCUCACAUCCACUGGAUGGUUAAAGACAAGACGCUGGACAUCAGUAAGAACAGGAGGUUCCAGAAAAUGCCCAAUGGCUCCUUGGUGAUUACAGAUGUCACUACAGAUGACACGGGCAGCUAUACCUGUGUGGCUGGAAACAGCUGCAGCAUCAAAGAUCGCGUGGCUCAGCUGUAUGUAGUGGACAAACCUGUGCAUCCCUUUCUAGAAAACGGGGACAAGGCUCCUUACAAGAUGAUCCAAACUAUUGGCCUGUCUGUGGGAGCAGCGGUGGCUUACAUCAUUGUCGUGCUGGGUCUCAUGUUCUACUGCAAAAAGAGACGCAACGCCAAAAGACUGCAGAAAGGCCAGGACGGAGAGGAGCCAGAGAUGGAGUGCCUAAAUGGAGGGGCUGUUCAACAAAAUGGCCACAUCACCGCUGAGAUCCAGGAAGAGGUGGCACUCACCAACAUGGGUACCACGGUAACAACCGAGAAACGCAACAGCAACGUCAACAACGAUAAGCUCCACUUUCCUCGAGCAAACCUACAAACCAUCACUACUUUAGGUAAAGGGGAGUUUGGUGAGGUGUUGCUAUCCAAGGCUAAGGGUAUCGAAGAGAGCGAGGAGGAGACGGUGGUGCUGGUGAAGAGCCUGCAGAGCAGAGAUGAACAGCUCCAGCUCGACUUCCGCCGCGAAGCUGAAAUGUUCGCCAAGCUCAGCCACCCCAACGUCGUCCGCCUGUUGGGCCUGUGCAGGGAGGCAGAACCCCACUACAUGAUCUUAGAGUACUAUGACCUGGGAGACCUAAAGCAGUUCCUGAGAAUUUCUAAAAGCAAAGAUGACCAGGUCAAAUCUCAGCCUAUCAGCACUAAGACCAAAGUUUCCAUCUGUGUCCAGGUGGCUCAUGGGAUGGAGCAUCUGUCCAAUCACCGCUUCGUUCACAAAGACCUAGCCGCCCGAAACUGUCUGAUCAGCAAUCAGAGGCGCGUGAAGGUGUCAUCUCUCAGCCUCAGCAAGGAUGUCUACAACAGUGAGUACUACCACUACAGACAGGCAUGGAUCCCGCUGCGCUGGCUCCCAGCAGAGUCUGUGUUUGAGGACGACUUCUCCACCAAGUCUGAUGUGUGGGCCUUUGGAGUGUUGAUGUGGGAAGUGUUCAGUCACGGGGAAAUGCCAUAUACCAAACUCAGUGAUGACGAGGUGCUGGAAGGUCUGCAGACAGGGAAGCUGAAGCUUCCCAUUCCAGACGGAUGUCCCUCCAAAAUCUACAAGCUCAUGGUGCGCUGCUGGGCCCUAAGCCUCAAAGAGCGCCCCUCCUUCACUGAUAUCGUCCACGCCCUGGGAGAGCUGCCCUCUGACAGCAAAGUCUGAGAUGACCAUAGCCCAACAUCAGAGGGGAACUUUUACCACCUUCCUUCCCCCCAAAAUAAAGACAGGAAUGCUGGAUAUUAGUCUCACACAUUUCAGGGAAGAAGGUUGAGGAGAAAACACUUUUUUUUUU